AAUCGGCUAGGCGGGGCGGGACGGCGGUGGUGGCGGCGGCGGCAGUGGGUUCGGUUGCGCGCGGCGCACGGGGUGGGAGCGGAGCCCAGGCCGGGAGCAGGCGCUGCCGCCAGCGACCAUGGGGAACGUAUUGGCAGCUAGCUCGCCGCCCGCAGGGCCGCCGCCUGCGCCCGCCCUCGUGGGACUGCCGCCGCCGCCACCGUCUCCUCCGGGUUUCACGCUGCCGCCACUCGGGGGCGGCCUGGGCGCUGGGGCUGGGGCGGGUCGAGGUUCGGAACGGACGCCCGGGACUGCGGCCGCCAGCACCGCAGGAACCGCGGACGAUGGGGCCAGCGGCUGCCUUCCCAACCCGGGCACGUUCGAGGAGUGCCACCGGAAGUGCAAGGAGCUGUUUCCUAUUCAGAUGGAAGGUGUCAAGCUCACAGUCAACAAAGGGUUGAGUAACCAUUUCCAGGUGAACCACACAGUAGCCCUCAGCACAAUCGGGGAGUCCAACUACCACUUCGGGGUCACGUAUGUGGGGACGAAGCAGCUGAGUCCCACCGAGGCAUUCCCCGUGCUGGUGGGUGACAUGGACAAUAGCGGCAGCCUCAAUGCUCAGGUCAUUCAUCAGCUGGGCCCCGGUCUCAGGUCCAAGAUGGCCAUCCAGACCCAGCAAUCAAAGUUUGUGAACUGGCAAGUGGACGGGGAGUACCGGGGUUCUGACUUCACAGCGGCUGUCACCCUGGGGAACCCAGACGUCCUGGUGGGUUCAGGAAUCCUCGUGGCCCACUACCUCCAGAGUAUCACACCGUGUCUAGCCCUGGGCGGAGAGCUGGUCUACCACCGGCGGCCCGGGGAAGAGGGCACUGUCAUGUCUCUAGCAGGGAAAUACACAUUAAACAACUGGUUGGCAACAGUAACAUUGGGCCAGGCGGGCAUGCAUGCAACUUACUACCACAAAGCCAGUAACCAGCUGCAGGUGGGCGUGGAGUUUGAGGCCAGCACAAGGAUGCAGGACACAAGUGUCUCCUUCGGUUACCAGCUGGACCUGCCCAAGGCCAACCUCCUCUUCAAAGGCUCUGUGGACAGCAACUGGAUCGUGGGCGCCACACUGGAGAAGAAGCUCCCACCCCUGCCCCUGACGCUGGCCCUCGGGGCCUUCCUGAAUCACCGGAAGAACAAGUUCCAGUGCGGCUUUGGCCUCACCAUCGGCUGAGCCCCUCUUGGUCCCGCCUCCCACGCCCUUCCUUCAGAUCCCACCCCCCUCCCCUGUCACAGAGGGGAGACCUGAGCCCCCUCCCCGUCUCUUCCCUCCCUCCCAGGGGUUGGGGGAGGGGGGAGCGGAAAGGAGGGGACCCAUCGCCCCAGCAGCUGAGAGGGGAUUCUGGAACCACGGGCACUUCAGGAUUCGGAGCGCCAGGGGCAGCGUGCCCAGUGGCCCUGAGGUCCCAGAAGGGGUUCCGGAAAUGAGGGGCAUGCCAGAUUUGGAGCACUAGGGGCAGAGGCAGCCAGACAGCCUCAGGGAAGUGUUGGGGCGUCCCCACCCUCUAAAGGGCCCUGGGCCCUGGCCCGGCGGGAGGGGGCAGCAGGAAGAGGAGCUUCCCCAUCCCCGGCCCACCCCACCCACUCUCCCAUCUACCCCGCGGUAUAAAUCAUGUUUAUAAGUUAUGGAAGAACUGGGACAUUUUACAGAAAAAAACGAAAAACAACAAAAAAUAUACAUAAAAAAAGCAAAA